AGAUGAAAAUUUAGGAAGAUAAAAACCUCUUGUAUAGAAACAAUGGCUACUGCUGGACAUAUAGAAAGAGACGGUAUAGUCCGAGAUGAAAAGACAGGUGAGUAUUAUAUACCAGCAUCUCAGAGGCCUGACGGUACUUGGAGGAAACCUAGAAAGGUCAAGGAUGGUUAUGUACCCCAGGAAGAAAUGCCUACAUAUGAAAACCGUGGUGUUCAGUGGAUGAAAAGUAAAUCAUCUCUUCCUCCUGGAUUGAACCCAGAUGAGGUUACCCCUAAGGAAACUGCCACACCCCAAGCCGCCGACCCCUAUGCUGGAAUGUCUAAGGCUGCUAAGAAAAACGCUAAACGGAAAGAAAAGAAGAAACAGCAGGGUCAUGGUGAAAAUGUUGACUCUGUGACCAGGUCAUUAGCUGAUACCGUACUUUCAAAUGACCAAUCACAAUCAUCGAAACAAAGUUCAAACCAAUUAGAGACGCCGUUACAAGAUAAAGCUGACAUUGAGAAGAAAAUAAGAAACCUGAAGAAGAAAUUAAGACAGAUUGAGGAUCUUGAGAGUAAAAUUAAAUCAGGUGAAAUUAAAGAACCAGCAAAGGAACAGUUAGAAAAAAUAUCGAAGAAAGCAACUGUGUUGAGUGAUAUUGAGGACCUAGAACUAGACUUAGUUGAUGUGUGAAGAUAGGGUUGUGUAAUUCAUUUUGAAUUAUAUGUAUAGGCAGUCAUAAGACAAUUCAAGAAAACCUCAGUUACAAAGGACUAACCUUUUACAUUAGGUCCACUGUAUAAUACAAUCUCAUUUUGCUCCUUGGUAAUUAUUUAUUACUAGCUUGUUUUUGAAGGACAAUUUGAAACACAUAUUUUUCAUUGUAAAUCGAAAUUCAUGAAUUAUC